GGGAAAAGAUAUUUUAUGACGUAUUACACACUGUUUCCGCACACCACCGUGAUUUCGUUUAUCGCGAGAACACGGCACUUCCUUUUCCCUUUUCGCUUCGAGUCCAAGAUGGGAGUUGAUAUCAGACACAAUAAGGACCGCAAGGUUCACAGGAAGGAACCCAAGAGUCAGGAUAUCUACCUGCGGCUCCUGGUCAAGCUGUACAGAUUCCUGGCUCGUCGUUCCAAUGCUCCCUUCAACAAGGUUGUGCUGAGGAGACUCUUCAUGAGCAGGACCAACCGGCCACCUCUGUCCCUCUCCCGCCUGAUUCGUAAGAUGAAGAUGGUGGGUCGUGACAACAAGACUGCUGUCAUCGUGGGGACAAUCACUGAUGAUGUCAGAAUUCAGGAUAUCCCUAAACUCAAGGUUUGUGCUUUGAAGGUGACAGAUGGUGCUCGCCGAAGGAUCCUCAAGUCUGGGGGACAGGUCAUGACCUUCGACCAGCUUGCCCUGGCUGCCCCCAAAGGACAGGGCACAGUGCUGCUGUCUGGACCUCGCAAGGGCAGAGAGGUGUACAGGCAUUUCGGAAAAGCCCCUGGAACUCCCCACAGCCACACCAAGCCUUACGUCCGCUCCAAGGGCAGGAAGUUCGAGCGUGCCCGUGGUCGCAGAGCCAGCCGUGGCUACAAGAAUUAGAGCAGUGUCUGCUUUUCUGUGGCCAUCUCUGGUGUUUUGAUGCUAAUAAAGAUUGGCAAAUUUCCCCCCUC